AUGGAGAAGCGAUCUUUGGAUGUGCCUGCUGCUAGCACCAAGGUUGAGGAAGAAGUAGGCCGAAUCGAGGUCAGAGAGGCGACCGCGACAGUAGACCCGACCAUCUUGCGGCGCCUGAAGAGGAAAACCGACCUCAUCAUUAUCCCCACGCUGGCUAUCACAUACUUAUUCAAUUCUCUGGACCGGAGCAAUGUUUCCAAUGCACACACGGCUGGCCUGGUCCAGGAUCUCAACAUGUCGGGGAAUCAAUUCAGUCUCGCUCUGACAUACUAUUUCAUCCCGUUCUGUAUUUGUGGGCCGCCAGCUGGCAUGUUGAGCAAGCAGUUCUCUGCCAAAUACUCCAUUCCAGUGAUGAUGGUUGGCUUUGGUGCUGCAUCUCUCGCCACCUCCUUCGUGACCAAUUUUGGCCAGUUGGUUGCGUGUCGGUGUUUAGUGGGAGUUUUCGAGGCCGGCUUUCUGACGGCUGUUGUCUACUAUUUGUCCAUAUGGUACACACGCACCGAAAUCGCAUCACGGAUCGGUGUCUUCUACGCAGCACUCGUCGCCUCAUCUGCGUUUGGCGGACUCAUCUCGUACGGCACCUUUCAAAUGAAAACCCAUCACUACCAAUGGUUCUACCUGUUCAUCAUCGAGGGUUCUUUGACGAUGUUGGUCGCCCUGGUGACAUUUUUCAUCAUCCCCAAGAACAUCCGCAGCUGUCGAUUCCUGACGGACGCCGAGAAAAAUGUCGCUGAGGCUCGCAUUCUCGCCGAGUCAGCCGAGGGCCUGGAGAACCAUUUCAGCUGGAAGGAGGCGCUACGUGAGUGGAAAACGCCUCACCCAUACGUCCGAAUCAUUGUCGCGAUCACGUAUUCGACCUUGUUGACGUCGAACAACAACUUUCUUGCGAUCAUCGUUGGACGCCUUGGAUAUGAUACUGUCAAAACCAAUCUGUAUACUGUGGCGCCAGCUCUAGUCGCAGCAGUGUUCCUGGUUGCCGCGACUUUCUCCUCGGAUCAUUUUCGGGAACGUGGAAUCCACAUGGUGGUUUCUCUCGCAAUCAGUGUCGUCGGAUAUAUUCUCCUUAUCACUGUGGAUCUGGACAACAUCGGUCUCACUUACUUUGCGAUCUUUAUGACCACCGUUGGUGCGUACCCAAUGUCACCAAUAAACAAUGCAUGGAUCGUGUCCAACAUCCCAAACCUCAACGCGCGAGCCUUCACAAGCGCCAUGCUAAUCUCUAUCGCCAACACCGCGGGUCUCAUCUCCAGCAACAUUCUCAUCGCUGAAGAGGCGCCGCGCUACGUCACUUCCUGCUGGGUGAAUCUGGGUGCCGCGAUCCUAUGUUUAGUCACUUGUGCCGCAUAUUCGGCCUGGAUGAGAUGGGAAAAUCGCCGAAGAGAUCGUUUGCAGGGGGUUUCUGGCAUGGAGUACAUCACAAGGGGUGUCACAGGGACGACGGAUCCUAGAUUUCGGUUUUGUCCUUGA